GUCCCCACCCAACCCAAAGUUCAUUUUCGUUUUUAAGCUGCGCUAGUAGCUGCUGCUGGUGGUUCGAAGUUCAUUCAGAGAGAGCGCGAGAGGGGGUGUGGCUGUCUAUGGCGUACGAGAGGAUACACGAAGCUCCUCAGAUGGUGGCCAUCUCGCCAACCAGGCUCAGGAUGAAGCUGCUGGGCUCCAAUCACAAGGACGACCCCACUCGCAAGACGCUGCAGGCGUCGAGGCUCGACGACGAUGACCACCCCAACAACAGCCUCCUGCCGCAAGAGCUCGACGAAGAGUACCCCAAGGACCACCGCUCCGACUCUUCCCGGUCGCGGUCCGACGCCAGCCACGACAGGAUCAGUGGCAGCGACGACGACAGCGGCACCAACUUUGAGUUCUGCAAGGACGAGAGGGCGGCCCUGCCGGCUUCGGCGGCGCCCGGACCGUUCUUCCGGCAGCAGGUGCCGUCCAAGUGGAACGACGCGGAGAAGUGGAUCGCGGGGCGCCACCACCGCCACGUCGUGCACUCCAACCCUGUCUUCUCCAAGAAGCCCGCGGCGGGCGCGCCCACCGAGCUGUCGUCUAAUAGGUCCUCGCACAAGAAGCCCCGCUUCUCGCCGGCGGCCGUGUCGACGCGGGACGUCGGGACGGAGAUGACGCCCGCCGCGAGCCAGGAGCAGUCGCGCAGCGGCACCCCCGCCGGCGCCGCCACGCCGGCGCUCAGCCCGCUCUGCUCGGCGCCGUCCAGCCCGCGGCGCGGCGGCUCCUCGUCCGUGCCGGAGCGGGAGCUCCGGCUCCGGACGCGGCGGGAGAUCGCUGCGCUCGGCCUGCAGCUCGGCAAGAUGAGCAUCGCGUCGUGGGCCAGCAAGGAGGAGGGUCUCCUCGCCGCCGCGUCGCCGGAGAAGGACAAGCGCUACGCGGCCGUCGACACGGUGGUCAGGAGCAAGGCGUUCGAAGCUCGCGCCGCCGCGUGGGAGGAGUCCAACAAGUGUAAACUCGCGGCAAGAUACCAGAGGAAAGAGGCGAAGAUAGAGGGAUGGGAAAGCUUGCAGAAAUGCAAGUUCGAAGCCAAGCUGAGGCAGGCCGAGGCACGGGCUGAGCAGAUGAAAGCCCGGGCGAAGCAGGACCUGGCGAAGAGGCUGUCAGCGCUGAGCCACAAGGUGGAGGGGAAGCAGGCGAGGGUGGAGGCGCGCCGGGGCCGGCAGGCGUCCCGGCUGGCGCGGCAGGUGGAGCGCAUCCGCGAGACCGGCCGUGUGCCGUGCCGGCUCCGGCGGUGCUGCGCCUGGUUCCUGUAGUGUAGUGUAGCUAGCAUGCUCCCAAUCGUCGGAACAAGUGCUGAUGGCAGUAUGUCAUGGCAUGGGCUGCUUGAUUUGUAACUACAUGAAAAUUCAUCGCUGGUUCAUGUUCGUCCCAAUGCCAGGGCAGUGGUUG